GUGCGCGCAUCCAGUGCUCAGCGCCGACGGCGACGCGAUUGUGCGAUUUGGUUUUUGGUGGGUGUGUGACAUGUGGACACUGAUUUGGAACGUCGCCAUAGUUUUUGAAAAAGUCAUCUAAGCCUCCACCUCCUCAAUGCCAGAAAUUCAAAAUUCCGGAGGAGACGAAAGAGAAUGACGACCACGGUUUGACGUUAGUAUCUAACGAAAACUUUCGGACCUGACCACGAGCUCGCCCUUUCCACGAUGACCCAGUCCCAUUACUCUCUGCGAUGGAACAACCAUCAGACGCACAUCCUAGCGGCUUUCGACGCUCUCCUCCAGGCUGAGACUCUCGUAGACGUCACUCUUGUCUGCGCCGAGACGUCCGUGCGUGCCCACAAAGUCGUCCUCAGCGCGUGUUCGCCUUUCUUCCAACGAAUAUUUUCGGAGAACCCUUGCAAACACCCUGUCAUCGUUCUCAAGGACUUCAGCGGCUGGGAAGUCCAAGCAAUCGUCGAUUUCAUGUACAAAGGGGAAAUCAGCGUGAUCCAAGAGCAACUCCAAAGUCUGAUCAAAGCGGCGGAGAGUCUUCAAGUCCGGGGCCUGGCCAACCAGGACCCUUUUGGUGUAGAUAAAGAGUCCACGUCGAUUAUUAACCAGACGCCGACGCCGUCGACGUCACCCAACGACUUCGACAGGAAUUACUUCGGAAGGUUUCCGACGCCGGGAGUGACCGUCCGGACCCCGGGAGAGCGGUCAUCCCCUUUCUCCCCUUUGUCCUGUCCAUCGAAUUACGAGCCUUCGGUGAAGCUCCCUCAUAUGUCCCGUCUUUCCUUCCCCGAGUCCCUCCUCCCUAGGCCGGAAUGCCAGUCUCCUAUUCCCCGGCGGAAACAAGCGCGGCCUAGGCGGAGGUCGGGCGAGCUUUGCGGUCCCCAGGACCUCACUAAGCCGUCCCCGCCACCUUCUGAAGACGCCAUUCCUGAGAAUCUCAGUGUUAAGAAACCGAAAGAAGACAAGGUGAAAGAUGAGGAUAAGAUUCGGACCCCUGACCCGUCGGGGAGUCCCGAAAUCGACCUGAGUAUGUCCACCGGGGGCUCCAAGGAGUUCAGGUCUUCGCCACCUGUUAGUCUGCCGCCCACCAUGAACAUGAAGCAAGAAAUUGAUAGCCACUCGCCUCUACCGUUCCCACCCAUGCCGUCGGUUUCCGCACUUGCGAUGACUCCUCCGCACAGCAAAUUUUUCGGAUUGGACUCGCCAUUGGGGCUCUUUCCUCCGGGGUUAGACGGUUGCAGAAACCCCCUGUUUGACAUGACGGACCCCCGGACGACGCCCGACUCGCAGCUCUUUGUCAAGAAAAAAAUGGGGCGGCCCAAGGGUCAGCACUCGGCCCCCCGCGGGGGCCCUCCGCGCUCUUGGACCAAUGCCGAACUGACUGAAGCCCUCCAGCACGUGUGGAACAAGAAGAUGACGACGAGUCAGGCGUCUCGCAUCUUCGGUAUUCCUUACAAUUCACUGUUGAUGUACGUCCGAGGCAAAUACGGCAAGAGCCUCAAGCUGGAGCAGCUGCGCAAAGACUGUAUUGGGGGGCCGACGCCCUCGAUGGACAUCCUCAACAUGGGCAACAACAACAACAACUCGUGCAAAAGCGACAGGGACAACGAAGCGAUCCAGCCCAACACUAGACCAUCCAGCACCGAGGAGCAGCACCCUCAACCGCCUGUUUUUAACCCCUUUGCGCAUAACUUUUACCCCGAUUUUGGCACGGGCUUCCCCAUCCCGGUCAGUAUGAUCCAUCUGUUGCCGCAGAGCGAAAAGAGCAGGGACCAUUACGGGGCCCAACCACAAAACGAAGACGACUGUAAGAACGAACGGGUGAAGAAAGAGAUGGAGGAGGAGGAGAUGUUUAGGCCUCCGGCGCUCUCUGUCGACGAUAGGAGAGAGCUGGUCCAGCAGAAUGGACAGGACUAAAGAGGGCGCGCGAGUCGAGGCUUAAGGUUCUUUUUGUUUCGGUUGGUUGUUGUUUAAAUGUUUAUUCUUAGAGUAAUAAGCUGUGCUUCCUCAUUUUUCUCAUUCGUUUCCGGUAUUAGAAAGAAUGUUCGCCGGGUCGUGCCCCCACGACCCGGAGUUUUUUAUAAGACUGAUAUAUCAUAUUGCCAACGUUCCAACAAUUUAACAGUUUAUUUUACAGACUACCACUUUACAGUUCCUCACAUAUUUUAAUAUACAGAUUUUUAUUAUACCAGAUUUCUAUAAUAUACAAACGGUUUUCUGUUUAAACAUUCCUCUACAUGCAACAAUUUUUCAGCUGCGAUAUUAGUAACAGUAACUUUUACACAAGUUUGUACAGUAAACAGAUUAUAAAUAAUAUAAAACAAGAAUAUUUUGUUCUACAGAACUCUACUUUCAGUAUUUUUAUAACCUGACCCGUAAUACAGACUAUUAUACAGAUUUUUAUACAUUUUACAGCAGUUAAUCGUUGAUACUAAACGUUGGAACCGACUGAUGAAAUUCUUUGUUGACGCAACGUUGUGAUUGUUACCUAAUUUCUCACCUGAUUUUUUGGCAAGAUGAUUGAAAAAGCGGUCUCUCAUUCAAAACCGGACAAGCCUUUAGACUAACAUAAAACCCAAAAAAAAAACGGUUGUACAAAAAUUAUGUGUUGACUUAGUGUAUGUAUACAUAAGAAUUCAACUCGUAGAGCAAAUUCGGUGUGUUAAUAAGAAAUUUUGUGAAAAAUUGUAUAAAUUUAGGUCAUUAUAGGUAUACGGUCAACAAAACAAUGUACAAAUCUUCUCUCUUUGGCUGCAAGGAAAUUUAACCGCUUUUCAUCUCGAUCGAGUCACGCUAACGUGACAACAGCAAUUUUUGUGAUAACUAUUUUCUUAUUGAGUCGGUUUACAGCACCAUCACCGCUUGGUGCACACAAAUCACUCGGAUUUUUUUCCGUUACGUCCAUUGCAGGGUACUAGUGAGUUCAAAAACUUGCAGUUUCAAACAAAUUCGAUGACACAUCACUAGGAUAAUAAUUUCAAUAGAAUCUCUGUGUGUGAUUUCAUUUCUUCGAUCCCUCAUUGUAUUAUAUUAAAAAAAUGAAAAAUAAUGUAAAUUAGGAUUCUUGAUAAAAUGUGAUAACAAGUCGCGUCUGCGGCUCGACAUUUGUUAGAUAUAUUUAGUAGUAGUUCAGGACAGGAUUGACAAAUGUCUCUUUUCGUGUUUUUGGGCGACUUUUGACAGUCUUGUCCUCAAGUGAGAUAUAUGUUACCACUGUUCUUCUGUUUAUUUAUUCGAUUCUCCCUCUCUUACGACGAAGGUUGUGCACUUAUAGUAUUAUUUUUCGCUUUUAUUUAUAAUUUUGCGCUUCAGAGUUCCUUGUUUUAUCAAUAAAGACUCCAUGGAAGAACAACUCAGUUUCUGCCGAUUUGUCCUUCCAUGCCCUUCAAGAGAAUAUACUACAGUAAAAUAAAGAAAUGGUGCUGGUAAUUUUAAUUGUUAAGUUGUACAUAUAACAAACAGACAUUCCUAUCAAAGUAUUAUUAAUUAAUUAUUUUGCAAACAAGCAAUUUUAUUACGAGUUCCUUUUAAUUAGUUGUUUUUUUUUUGUAUAAAGCGCACGUGUUAGUUGUAGAUUUUGUUUUAGUAGCACGAAUAUUAUUUAUUUAUUGUUUUAGCACGAGCACAAAAUAGACAAUAUCAAAUGAAAAAUUAGAAAAUCCGCGAAAUGCAGGGUAUUUGAUUUUUCUCCCCCCAGACAGUACCGAUAAAUACUCGAGUGCAAUAUUUUCGAAAAAUUCGUUCGUUUUUAAAUGUAUAAAAGAAUUUUCGAAAUUCUCAAAAAGGAACGUAUCCCUGGCAUAAUUGUGUAUAAAAAUUAAUGUUGCAAUCUGUAAAUGGUGCAAUUUGUAAAAAAAAAAUAAUUACAAUAGAUAAGAGUAAAUAUGUUUAAAAAUCGGGCACCUCGUACUUUUUUUACGACUUUAGUUUCAAGUGGAAUCAAGUUCAAACAGGGUAAUUUAAAACAAUAUCCAUAGAGAUUUAUUUUACAAAAUGAAACGAAAGUAAAUAAUUACAAUGUAUACCAAAAAUGAAGCACAGUAUACAAUUAGAUUGUUAGCAAAGUAGUUCGUUGUUGUAACCAACAACAAAUUAUUUUGCCACGUACGAGGUGUUAAAUAUGUGCAUUUUACAGCACAUAAUAAUAAGAAACAUUGUAUUAUAAAUAUGUAGGUACAUACAUUAUACAAAAUAGAUAUUUGAUAUUUAGGUAGGCCUAGUUUUUGAUGAUGUUAAAAUAAAAUUAAAUAAAGCUUCGUGAAAACGCAA